UCCCAGAUGUAAACAGGAAGUCAUGUCAGCCAAUGGUGACGUGCAGACCUUCUAUAGCUCCACCCCAACAGCCUAUAACUCCCUCUACCAGGCUUUGCCAGAUCCACACCAAGGAGUUUAUCUCUACGCAGAGAAACAAGAGAAAAGUCUAGAGAGCAAAAUGGAGGUCCAGUUACUGAAUAAGCCUUCAGAUGGGGAUAAAGAAACGAAUCCAGAUCAUCAAGUGGUCACUAUGCAGCCAGAAGUUAAUGUGAUUGACACUCCACAGGAUAAACCACUGCCAGAUUACCUGGGUUACUCCAUCUUUACCAUGAUCUUCUGUUUUUUACCUACAGGCAUUGCUGCUCUGGUUUACUCCAUCACAACUCGAAAUGCAAACAAGUUAGGACAGAGACAAAUUGCAGAGAAAAACUCCAGAACGGCACGCAUACUGAACCAUGUCACUCUUGGUAUUGGCCUAGCAAUAUAUAUCAGCAGUCUUAUUGCUUUUGGCACCAUAUUUCUACUACUUGCAUAUCAUCAUUAAAGUCCGGAGUGGUCGGAUCUAACGGUAUACCUUUUGUUGGGAAAAUGAAUAUACCUUCAGAAUAUAACUGUCAGACAACUGAUGAGGACUGUGUGUGUGUCAGAGAGAGACAACCUUAUUGUUUUUGAUAAGCAUUUGGUUAACUGUGAUAUUUUAUGUUUGCAAGAGACUUUAUUUAACUAAGACUUGGAAAAUUUAAAUUAUUUUAAUAGUAAUUUAUUGUUCUUAAAGUAUAUGCACCUUAUGAAUGUCAUUAAUGAAAAUGAGUAGCUACUUAAGCACAAUUGCAUUUAUUAAUUUGUUUAUUAAAAGUGUGGCUACCCCUGGCCUGUAUUGUAUCUGUUGUUGGGGAUGAGAAUGCUGACAUUUCAGACAGGAGCUCAACAAAGUGUAUUAUUAUUUAUUACAGAGAGAUUGUGGGUCAUUUGUGUGCAUGUGUAUGUUUUUUAUUCAAGAUUGUAAACAAUAUAUUUAUUAUAUACUAAUUUUUCAUUUCUCUUUUCUUUUUAUGAUGCUUUUCAUAUUCAUGUUACCCAGACACACAGUGAAUGUAUCAUAAUAGAGGUCUGCUAUCAAGUUAAUGCGUUUCAUACCCUAAAACUGCUUGCUUGUGAAGCAUUCAGGCCUUAGACCACUUUAUAUGAAAGACGUGUGGUAUUUGA